AUGUCCGUGGACCUUAGUUUUUUCGAAAACCUCGAUCUAACAUUAGAGGAGGAAGCAAACCGAAGAGAAGGAAUACUUCGUCUGGUGCGAGAGUACGAAAGGACCUGCCGUAAUAUUACCGCAAUCCUGAACCGAGCUCAUUCUACUCAAACCGAAGAAGGCAACUCCUCAGAAAUUAUAAAUGCAAUGUUUAAAAUGUAUAUGUACAAAGAAAACUUACUUGAAUUACUUAAAAACGCAGUACCAACAAUCGCACAAGCGGCGAUUGAAAAAUUUGAAGAAGUGAAGCAACACUUAUCAAAUAUAGCCCAAGUAGUACCAUAUCAAAAAUACUAUAGGUAUAACGAACUUUGGACGAAGGUCGUUCAAUCAUCACUUUUUCUUGCAUCUUUCGCCGUUUAUCUUUCUUCAGAAAGGCUGAUUACAUCAGAUGAAAUUGAGUCAAUGUUUGGUGUCAGGGUCAAUUUGAAAAAUGACCUACAUGACUUUCACAUCUCUCUUGACGAAUUUCUUCAUGGAUAUAUCAUGUUGACUAAUGAACUGUCACGACUUGCAAUCAACUCUGUAACGCUUGGAGAUUAUGAUAGACCUCUGCGAAUUUCGAAAUUUGUUAAAGAGCUAUAUAUGGGAUUUCAGUUGUUGAAUUUGAAGAAUGAUUCUUUAAGGAAAAAAUUUGAUGGAAUCAAGUACAAUAUCAAGAAAAUUGAAGAAGUUGUCUAUGACGUCUCCCUACGAGGAUUGUCAGGAAAUCAAACAACAUCAUCGAGCUGA